GAACAUAUUUCAGAUUUCAUUGAGCUCUUGUGGUUCACCAUUUGGAUGGAACCUAGCAAACAUGGACAACUCAAGUUCCAAGAAAUCUGACUUACAGAAAUAGCUGAAAAUAGAUUUGACGAUGGUGACAUGCGACUGAAUCAUCCUGAUACGCCAAGGCUGUGAAUUUUGCCAGGGAGGCUCAACUGAUGUCGGUAUGAGCUAGUCCAGCCUGGUUGAAGGGACAGGCAGGAGAAAUCGCUCCAAGACGCUUUCAGAAAGCUCGGACAGGCACACAUGAACUUGUGGCUAAGGUUUGGGGGUUUCUCUCACUGUCAGGUUUGUCUUCUUAGUUUAAAAACAUGUCGGUUCUGCGAGCACUGUAGAAAAAGGUUGACAUGAGCCACAUGGUCUCGUGGGGACGACGGGCUAUUCCAGCGACCUCAAGGCGGCGGAGGCCGGAUGUAAAUCAUUGUGUGGUCCGGAGGUUGGCCUGUGAGGUAAGUCAAAUAAAUGAUAAAGAAAGCUUGAUGACAUCGAUGACCUUCCGAGUCCUACCUCAGCACCAACGAGAUACCUUUGGUGUUUGAUACAUCUUUUAUCGACUGACAGAUGUUUUGGCAAUAGGCCAGCAAUCAAUCAGCGGCCUGUAGAUAAAAUGGGGGAGUUGUAAGGCCAGGAAGGAUCCAGAAGCUGAAUAUAGUACCGUGAUGAGGCGGGAGCUUGCAAAGAUGAUCUACGAUGACCUGUCUAAGACGGGUUGCCGUACGAUCAAUGCCCUCAAGAAGAGGAAAAUCUCGGAAUCUGGUACUCGUUCUGCUAGACAGGAGGUUGAGGCGGACAUCAACAACCACAAGAUGGUCUUCUUCGAUUUGCGGGAGAAUAAUCUUAUAAGUCCUCGACAUGCAAGGCAGCUUCAAAACUUCAGAAAUGAGAUCGAGAUGGACAUCAGGAACCGAAGGGAUGUUGAGCCACCGAAUGUAGGAUCCACCGUGUCGUGGGAGAUUCUACAAAAAAUUCAGGAACUGGAGAAUACCAAGAACAUACCGAGAAUUAGGAAAAAUGUACCAGCCUCCCGUGCUACUCAUCACCAUCAUCCAAGCAAUCGUUCUCUACCUCCCAGGACGUCCACGGGUAGCCUGCCCAUAAAACCUGCCAAAUCGGCAGAGGUUACCUGGGCAAUCUGAAGAGUUCAAGGUCGGAAAUUUGGAAAAAGCAAAAGCUUCAUUCAUGACUAGCAAAAAAUCUUUUAGGUGGUAAGCUCUGACGCACACCAGAAGGUACAUACCACCACAGAAGCUAAUGACUUGUCUAAGGCAUCCCGAAGGCGUUCUGAAGAGUUCAAGGUCGGAAAUUUGGAAAAAGCAAAAGCUUCAUUCAUGACAAGCAAAUAAUCUUUUAGGUGGUAAGCUCUGAUGCACACCAGAAGGUACAUACCACCACAGAAGCUAAUGACUUGUCUAAGGCAUCCCGAAGGCGUUCUGAAGAGUUCAAGGUCGCGUCUAUGGAAUUACCAUGAACUGCAAAAAAAAUUAAAAAAUGCUUGUCAGAACAUUUGCUUGGAAAUUCUGUCGUGCGUGAGUGAUACUCCACGUACUCCAAAGAUGUUAUUCUCGUACUGAUGUUGGUC